AUGGAGAUGCUUACUAAGGAAGAAAAGUGCGAGGGGAAGGGUGCCGAGAGUUCGCCGGAGCGUCGAAUAAACAGUUUGCCGGAGAGCUGGGAGCGAAAGGAAUCACCAAAGCAUGAAGACACUGAUUAUUCUCAAUCAUAUAAUCUCGAGAAAGAUGUUUAUUCACCUUCAUCUCCACAUGUCUCUUCGUUUAAUCUUAACAUCACUGAUUCAGACAGUGGUGGUACUUCAACUAAACGACUUAUUGGGGUGAAGAAAGCAGAACUGAAGAGAAAGAAUGAACAACAAUUUAGUAAAAUGGUUUCACAGAAUGACAAACUUGUUGCGUCGUUGGAUCGAAGUACUAAUAUUGCUAUGUUCAAGGAAGAGAAUAAAAUUUUAUUCAAAGAUUUGAAUACCAUUGCUGAUCCGAUAAUACGUGAAUUUAUUCGCGGUGAACAAGUCAGAAUUAUGCAAAAGAGGACUGAAAAUCAAAAAUCUCAAUCAAUUUCACAUCAAGGAGAAGAAUCUAGGAUCAAUUCGUCUCGAGAAGAAGGACAAGGAUCUCAAGAUCCUUUGAAUGGUUCUGAUAAAUUUUAUGAUUAUUUCGGUGGUUUAUUAGGAGGUGAUUUUCCAGAAUAUUAA